AUGAAUAAAAAUAAAUAGUUAAUAACAUAUUUUAAUAAAUCGAGUAUAAGAAAAAGAGCGAAAUCUUCAUUGAAUCAGGUAGUAUCAGUGAAGUAAUAGAAUGUGGAAUAAUCUCAUAACAAUUCAAUGGAUAGUUUGAAUACUCGCGUUAUGGAAGUGUUUGAAUAACAAUAGAAGGAUGAUUAGGUCCAGAUACAAAGAUUAUUAAUAAAAAAGCAACUCUUAGAGAUUCGAUUACGUCAUGAGAAUGAAAAAUAUGAUGAAACUCUAUAAAAUUAUUAAUAAUUGUUGCAACGAUUAGAAUCAAUGGAACAUAGUCAAAAAGAAUAUAUUUAAUAAAUGAACCAAUUAACAGAAUGUUUAAAAGAGAUAGUAUAACAAAAUAAUGAUAUGGAGAAUGCUUAUGAAGAAAAGUGCAAGGAAUAUGAUAAUUUGAUAUAAAUAAUUAAUAAAUGA